AUGAGGAAGCAUCGGUCGCGAAGCCCGACGAAGGUCCAGAACUUCGGUGAAGGAAGCUCCGGUAUGCCUACCUCGAACAGGUGGUUUGUCGGACCUGAGUUUUUGUACCAGGAGAAGUCGGCGUGGCCAAAAAGGAUUCUGCCAACGAAGGACACUGCUGAGGAGAUACGCCCGAUACAUGCCCAUCAUCGGAAAAUUCCUGAACCUCUGAUAAACUACAGCAGGUAUUCCAAGUCGGAAAGAUUAUUGAGAGCCACAGCAUUCCUUCUGCGGUGUGUGAAUAGCUGCAGAAGCAAAAUCAACGGAGAUCCUGUCGAACUCAACCCCAUUUUGUCUCAACGGGAGCUGCAGAAUGCCGAGGAGUUUCUUUGGCGUGCCGUGCAGAUGAAGGCAUAUCCUGAUGAAGUCAUCGUGCUUGGAAGACAGCAGCAACAAUCGAGUGCAGCAAGGUUGGAAAAAACAAGCCCGCUUCACAAAUUAUCACCCUUCGUCGAUGAGACGGGAGUAAUUAGACAGGAAGGGCGAAUUGGUGCUGCCAACUACGCUUCCUAUGACGCUAGGUUCCCAAUAGUGCUUCCACGGAACCAUUACGUGACUGGACUCGUUUUGGAUUGGUAUCACCGUAAAUACGCCCACUGCAACGUGGAGACUAUUGUUAAUGAGGUUCGGCAAAAAUUCCACAUUUCUAACUUGCGCACGGCAGUGCGCAAACAGAUACGAAAGUGUAACUGGUGUAUCGUCUACAAGACUACCCCACGGGCUCCGAGAAUGGAGCCCCUUCCAGAGUCCAGGAUGUCUUCGUACGUACGUCCUUUCUCCUUUACCGGAGUGGACUAUUGCGGACCUUUCUACAUCCGGAUCGGUCGUAGUAGUGUGAAGAGAUGGGUAGCGCUCUUUGUGUCCCAAACCGUGAGAGCCAUCCAUUUAGAGGUCGCAGGCAGUCUGUCAACUGAAUCCUGCAAAAUGGCUGUGCGACGGUUCAUCGCAAGAAGAGGUGCUCCGCAGCAGGUCUUCAGUGAUCAAGGAACCAAUUUUCAUGGCGCUAGGAAGGAGUUAAAACAGGAGAUUGCAGGCAUCAACCAGAAACUGGCUGACACCUUUACCAACUGCAACACUCAGUGGAUUUUGAAUCCACCAGCUGCCCCACACAUGGGUGGCUCGUGGGAACGAUUGGUCCGUUCGGUCAAAAUAGGUUUAGACACGCUCUCUACCAGCAGGAAUCCGGACGAGGAGACUUUUGGAACCGGUCUGGUCGAGGUGGAAGCCAUCGUGAACUCUAGGCCGCUAACGCACGUGCCACUUGAUUUGGAAGAUGACGGAGCGCUUACCCCCAAUCAUUUUUUGAUGUUAAGCUCCAGUGGUGUUGUGCAGCCAACCAAGUCGUCUGUUGGUACUGGCGCUGUUCUCAAAACCAACUUCGGCCACGCGCAGAGUUUUUUAGACCUCUUCUGGGCCAGAUGGACCAGAACACGCACCAAGUGGUUCGACGACUCUAUACCAAUUCAGCCAGGAGAUUUGGUGAUGUUGGAGGAUGGUGGAAUACGGAACAGCUGGAUUCGCGGAAAGGUCGUCAGAGGCAGAAUCCGCAUCGCUGACGUCCAAACUAGUAGCAGAGUGCUUCAGAGGCCAGUAACAAGUCUGGCUGUACUUGAGGUUCAAAGCAGCGGUACAGCUGGAAGGAAGUUCCAGCAAUACGGGCCGGGGAAUGUUGGAGACAGCCAGUUGCAUACCGGUCUUGAAGCGAGCCAAAUUGCAGCAGGGCAGCUGACUGGGCGUAACGCUACGCUUGACAGGACAAUUGACAUCAUGGAUGACAGAACAGGUGACAGGACAGAUAAGGAGAGUUAUAAGAUAACAGAUAACAAAUAG